CAUUUCUAUGAUAGUUUAAUUCAGCUCAUGAAAUCAACACUUUACAUGUUGCAUUUAUAUUUUGAUCAAUGGUGAAAUGAAUUACGUUUCCUAAAGAAACCAAACAUGAAAGGUGGGUGAGUGAAUGCACAAGGCAGUAGCCUCAAAUCAACAGAGCAACAGCAGUGCGCUCUCUGGGUAAACAGUGUUUGUUUCCAAGGCAACCACUGAAAAGUUAAUUAGAUUCAAAGAGGGAGAUUUCGGGGAGAAUGAAUGAGAGGGCAGGCAGGACACUCCAUUUCAAAUUCCCAGGAACUCUUGGGGCGUAGCACAAUCGCGAGCUGAUGGCAUUGCGUCAUCUUUUGGCAAUUUUAGACGCUCGUGCAUGAUAAGCGAAACAAUAACUAAUGUAGACACUUUUAGUUUGAUUAUUUUCAGGAGGCUACUAUUGAUUAAUUAAAUAGACAAUGCCUAAUUAAAGAGCUAUUGAUAACUAAAGAAUGUAUUUUGAUGGAUCCUUAUUCAUUUUAAUAGCAUGUCUGCACCAAAAAUAUGACGAUGGCCUAGUCAACCCAACAUAAAUAAAAACCAAGUCAUAAUAUACAAAUAAAAAUAUUUGUUUUCUGGAGCAUGGUUUCUUCAUAUGUAAAAUGUAUUUGAGGUUUAAAUGCAAUGCGCACUACUGCAAUUGUGUUAACGUUCCCAAAAUGCCUUCAUGCCGGUGUAAUUCAUGUUUUGGAAUGGAAAGUGAAUAGUUUCUAACUUGUAUAAAUUUGUAGUUUCCCCCCGGCUGUGGACUGCUUCGGACGAGCACAUCAACGCAUUGUUCCGGAGAAUCCAAGUGAAAAGUCCAUUGUUGUUGCGAAGUUUUUAAUCUGGGGAUUUAAAGAACAUCACAUGCUCGGCUGGGGGAGUGGGUGCUCGCGCACAAUACGCAAAUAACACUCUAAUUCCAUGAUCGGACUCUAAAUCACAGGUUUCUUACCUUUUCCUAUUCAAAACAUUUUUCUACACUUAAAAACAUUUGUUAGUUUGAAGCCUUUGGAAAAGAGGACCGCAAGAAGGAUCCGGAGGAUAAAGUGGAUUCCCACCGCGAUAACUUUUUCCAAGGAAGACAAGUGCGUCGACGUCAGUCCGUGAUUUAUUACCCAAGUAUGACGGUUUACAGCCAGCGGUCUUUGAUGGUCCUUGGUUUAUUAGGGAUCCUAUCAGGGAUUAUGUCUCUGCUAUCGGUCAAUCUGAUUUUCCAUUUACAAACACAACAGAUUGCUGUGAAGGAAUCUCCCCCCACCAUCUCCAUCGUGCCAACUAAUGUUUGGGCAGUGCUGAUGCCAGUGUCUACAGUGCUUUCUGCUCUGUCUCUCACGCUCAAUUUGAGCUCUGUCGUGGCCUGCCUUCUGCACAGCUACUUUACAACCGAGAUAUGCAGAGGAGAUGAUACUGAAAGAGCAGACUGGUUCCUAUUGGAUAGCCGAGCUGUCCGACAUGUGGCCAUCGGACUAUUUUGCCUUGGGGUUUCAGUAUACUUAGCAGCUAUGUCCAUCUACAUGCUGCUGGUGUUUGAGGUAGAGCCAGGCAUAGCGAGCGCAUGCGUACUGGCCUCGGGCAUCCUGAUUCUGCUGAUGAUCGUGAUUCACUCCCUGGUCAAAGCCGCCCGUACCGCCCAACACUACUGCGGUGGGGAACACACUGACACCUUGUACCAGAACCAGCACGGUGGGAGCACCCCUGCCGCCCGGCAAGGCAAGCUCCAAGACGGGGAAAAACCCAGGAGGCACCGCAACAACUCCCAACUCCACCGGCAUUUGUCCUACCCCCCUCCCUGCACCGACCCUAAGCAGCAUCACCAGCAUCAGUACUCCCCAUCCCACAGCCCUCAGAGCCACAGCAGUGACAAGGAGGGCUACAGUAGUGGUGGAAGUGGUUCUCGAAUGCACAGGACCCUGUCAACAGAGUCAGGGCUGCUGCAGUCUCCAUCUAAGCCCUGGAAUGGCAUUAACAAUGAGAUGCGCAGCGUGCUGGCCCGCAAGUCAGGAGCCUCCAAUAAAGACUCUACUCUGGUGUGACCUGACCUGCAAAGUCUUAGCAGUUAGUACAUUCCUAACCAACCAUCAAACGUUCCGAAGGAUACAGUAUGGAUAGAAAAUAUCGGAAGCUAUUUAAAAGCUCGGAGUUAUCCCUUCAUGAUCCAAGCACCACUAAUACUAUUACUGUACAUUUCAAUACAGACAUACAGUGAAACUGUCAUUUUAAUGCACCUUUCCUAACAGCUCGUUCCCUUAUUGCCUUUGUAUUGACUUUUUACACAGAAACCAUCACUAUUAAACCCUCUCUAAAAUGUUUACUUACUGGUAUUCCAAUGGAAAAUGUUAGCAACUUCUAGCUACAGCUAAUGCUAUAGUUGCUACGUGAUUAUACAAUUUAACAAGUGGCAGAGAAAUGCUUUA